CGUUAGUGAGGGUGGGAGCUGUGCCCACCCGCAGUCACUGCUUCACAGAGACAGAGUUUGUAUCUCAUAGCAUGUACGGCUGCGUUUCUCCGAGACACUAAUGUUCUCUAACGUUCAGUGAAUACUAUCUUGAAAAAGGGACUUACAGAUAACCACUGUGUUAAAGAAAUCUUUCAGAAGUAAUAAUUUAUAAUUAGGGCUACCACUUCGCCUGCUGGUGACGAGGACGAAGUAGUCAAGUUUUACAUCAUAUUCUCCACAAGACCUUUUUCGUUUAGUUCUAUCCCCUUCACCAGUACUCACUGCCGUCAAGUUCACACUCGUCAACGCCAAAUUUUCCUGUUAUUCGACAUCAAGUUACCCGCCAUUCGUUGACACAAAAUUUCUCUGCUCAUCGAUACCAAGUUUCCAUACUCGUCGAAGCUCAGUCCCUCUACCAACACCAAGUUCCCUAGUCGACACUAGGUGCCCCUUCGAGUUUUUUCCCGUGUACGUCAAGUUGCACCAUUGACACCAAUUUCCUUCGCGGACGUCGGUCUCCUCCCUGCCCGCCAUACCUCCUUCAAAAUGCCUGACUCGAGAUUCAUCGCUCAAGACAAUUUUAACCUCAACUGUGCCGGGGAGCCAGACACACUGGAGCCUCACAUGCGCGACACCAUCAAAGAAAACGACAUUCUCAUCUGGAUCUACAACAUGAUAGAUGAGGCUGCCAGGGUAGACUUCGAGUUCUUCCUUAAAGACGGUUGUAUCCUCUGCAAGUUAAUGAACCGCAUCAAGCCUGGUUGUAUCCCCGAAGACAGCAUCACGUGGGAGGGCGCGCGUAGCAAGCAGAUCAACAUACGCAACUUCCUGGAGCAGGCAGAGACGUAUGGCGUACCUAAGGCCAAACUCUUCCACGUAGAGGAUUUGCUGCACCUCAGACACAUUCCCAGGGUCACUAGGUGCAUCUACGCCUUGGCCAAGUUGGUAGCCGAGGAUCCUAACAUGGGCCCCGACUGCCCCAGGUUAGGGGACGAACCUAGCUUUAUGAAGGAGCAACCCAAGAAGAAGGUGGACAUCCCAGGUCACAGGGACACCAAGGAGGUCAUGGCGCAACUCACGGCAGAGAAGCGUAAGGAGGAGAAGAAAGCAAUCAAGCAUUCUCUCUACCAGUGAGGAAGAAAUGAAGGAAAGAUAAAGUAGAAAGGGAAGAGGUAUAUUCCUAGAGACAGGAUGCAGAGGAAAUAGGAAGCCUCAGGUUUAUGCAGGGCCAAUUCCCAUUUUGGAUAAAUUUUUCUAAGCGAAUAUUAAACUACAGUAUUCUUGGUUUCGGCGAGUAGGCUCUUCCAUGUUUCUUACUCUAAGACAAUUUCCUGUAUGUUGUGCACACCGGUUUGUCGAGGCUGAAGCUGCCUAUUUUAUAUGUCACGUUGGACCUUUCAAAGAAGUGCAUGAUGACACUGACUUUGCAAGUGUCAUGAUGGGAUGAACGUAGGGAAACGUACAGGAAGAGAGAGAUGUGUUUGGCAAGGAAUUGAUAAACACAAGCAUGGUAGGUAAACAUAUAAAAAAAAAGAAUGAAGGGAGGCAGCAAAAAGUGGGAAGCAGGAGAGAGAAGUACUCUUCAUUUUUUUUAAAUCAGAG